CAUUUUCCAGUCCCAAACGCUGUCGUUUCGUAACAGGCCGCGAGUAUGCCACUCCAGCACCCUCGAGCGGGAAAUAUAAUUACCGUACCCCACACGUAUCGUCGGUUAUAACAAACACACUCACUCGAUUGCGCGCGCUUCCUCCCCCUCUCUCUCUUGAACUCGGAAAGUUCACAAUGGCGGCACGACCGGUGGCUUCGCCUCCAUCAAUGGCAUUGUGGAUGGCAUCGCUGCAAUCUGAGAAUGCCCUCCAGGCGUCGCUCUACGUCGGAGACCUUGACCCAGAAGUGACGGCGGCCGACCUCGUGGAAGCUUUUCGUCCGGUGGGUCCAUUGGCCUCUGUUCGACUCUGCCGAGACCAGAUUUCCCGCCGCUCUCUUGGUUACGGCUACGUCAACUUCUUCUCUCCAUCUGAUGCUUGUAAGGCUCUGACUUCUCUGAAUCACACUGAACUUAAGGGAAAAACAAUGAGAAUAAUGUGGUGCCAAAGAGACCCUAUUGCAAGAAAGACUGGUAUUGGCAAUCUCUUUGUCAAAAACCUUGCCCCUUCUAUCACCAGUGCUCUGUUGCAGGAGAUUUUUGGCAGAUUUGGAUGUAUACUUUCUUGCAAGGUGGCCGAGGAACAUGGGAAGAGCAAGGGUUUUGGGUUUGUUCAGUUCAAGUCAGAAAAUUCAGCCAUGGCUGCUCUUAGGUCUCUCCAUGGUACCAUGCUUGAAGGGAAAGAACUAUAUGUGUCCAAGUUUCUCAAGAAAACUGAGAGGAAGUAUAUCCUUGAAGAACCAAAAUUUACAAAUCUAUAUGUGGAAAAUCUGGAUGACAAUGUGACACAGGAUGCCCUUCGAGAUAAGUUUUCUGAAUGUGGGAAGGUCAACAGUGUCUUCAUCAUGACAGAUGCUGAGGGAAAAUCAAAGGGUUCUGGAUUUGUCAACUUUGAGUCACACGAAGAUGCUAAGAAGGCUUUGGAGGCCUUAAAUGGUGCAUUACUAGGAUCAGAGAAGCUGGUUGUUAGGAAGGCUCAGAAGAAAUCUGAAGGUGAAGAGCCUCUAAAACAUGAACCCGGGACAGUAAAUAAUCACACUGAAAGGGUAAGGGCUUCAAAUCUGUAUGUGAAGAAUAUCGAUACAUCAAUUGAUGAUGUAAAAUUAGAAGAAAUGUUCACUGAUUUUGGGAAGGUCACUUCUGCAAAAGUGAUGCAACAUGAUAAUGGGAAUAGUAAGGGAUUUGGCUUUGUGAGUUUCUCCACUUCUGAAGAAGCAAAGAAGGCUUUGGAUGCACUUAAUGGAAAGAUUGUCCAAGGAAGGGUUUUAUAUGUGGCUAUAGCUCAAAGUAAAGAAGAACGCCAGCAGAAGUUCUAUCCACAGUCCCAUCUGCAGUAUUUCUCUGCUUCUAAUUCAAAUAAUCCUAGCCCCAAAUUCCAUCCAUCUUUUUACAGCUUCCCUCCUUCUCCCAUGGAUAGUCCUCUAUCAAGCAUAAAUUCAAGUCAAUAUAUGAUGCAUCCACAUUUUUGUAGAACUGAGGGUGCACCGUAUACCUAUAUCCCACUGAGUUACCAAAAAAGUGCUUCCACAUAUACUCCUGUAGGACACUCACAAAUGGGGACCUAUAUUGACCAUUUUUGCCAAUUUCCAAUUGAAUAUCCCAACCCGGUGUCUACUAAAGAGCUCAAUUAUAGUAAUUGCACGCAUCAAAAAAAUAUAAAUGUUGCAGAAGCUUCCUCCAAUGCAUCAUCGGUGGCUCCUAGAGGUCUCACUCCAGUUUCAUUCCUUGGAAACUCCAACAAGAACAUUGGGAAACUUCUUUACCCUCUGUUUGAGAAGUUUCAGCAGCCUGUGCAAGCAACAAUGGUAGCUCGCCAAAAUCCUUGGCAAGGCAAGUUGAAAAAGCUGCCCAACUGAUGAAAGAUCAGUGCAAAUUUUUGGACCAUUGCAGAUGGGUGUAUUAUGCAGCCACUCAAGUUUAUGUGCUCCUAGCCACUGGUCAUAUGAACCUACCAUGCCUACUACUACUACAAAGCCUGAAACACAAGUCUUUUAGAUCUUAUUCAUUAGUGAUACAAGCCUUUUCUUAUCUGUUCAUAGUGCGAGAUGUAUAAAAGAGGUUUUGGAUUGACUUUUAUACCUGAUUUGCAUACAACACUAAAAAACAAAUUUGAGUACUCCAACUUUCUCAUUCCUCCUCCAUUUAUCAAGCUUGUUCUAUAAGCAUCAACUCUUGACUGUGGGAAGAUAGUUUUUCACCCGUGCAUUUCUUAGCCAUUUUGGACUCUUGAAAGUCCUUAUUACACAAUAAACACAUGCAACAAUACAUCACACAAACCUUUAUCUCUCCUAUGAACUAAGGAUGGGAAAAUUAAGUAUUACGGAGAGUCUUGUGGCCUAGCAUGCAUCAAUGUAGAGAAUUUA